AUGGAGCCUGAGGCCUUGGAGCCCGAACAGUUCUGGAAUGAACUCGAAGCAAUCGUUUCUAAGCCGGCUGAAACCGAAGACCUUAUCGACGAUGCCCUGAGAGCCUACCUGAGCCUCACGACACUGCACAAAGGUAACCAUUCCUGUGCUUUCACCCUCGCUCCGAACCCCACCCCCUCCUCUCGUUCCUCAACAGCACUGACUGGUAUCCUGUGUGGUGGUUUAGAUGAACUCCUUCCGUCUGAGUGGGACAUUUCGCAAUGCUCGUAUAAAUUAUUUGCCUCGAGCAUCUUCGGUGGACAUGCGGAUUACGUUCGUCGACAGAUCAUUUACGGUCUUUUACAGGAUGACGACCCAAAUACCCUACAUAUGAUCGCGUCGUUCUUACUCUUCGAUGGUCGGCAAAAUGAGGAGGCGCUGCAGAUGAUGAAUGAGGAGGGCGUCUUUGCGAGGUUGCUCGAACUCAUUCAGGCGUUGAGGAGGGAUGAGAUGGACGGCGGGGCGGGUCUCCACCGACUUUUAAUGGACUUAUUAUAUGAGAUGUCGAGAAUACAAAGGAUCAAGAUCGAGGAUUUGGUCUUGGUGAAUGAUGACUUUAUUCGGUGUCUCUUCGAUAUUAUUGAGGAUUUGUCGUAUGAUGUCACAGAUCCAUAUCAUUAUCCUGUCAUUCGAGUUUUGCUUGUGCUCAAUGAACAAUUCAUGAUCUCCGCCCAUGACCCCGUGGAUGGCCCGUCGUUGUCGAGCAAGUUGACUAACAAGGUUAUCAAGAUUCUGUCUGCAUAUGGCAGUCUAUAUAAGACCUUUGGAGAGAAUAUCAUCCUGCUUAUCAACCGAGAAGCGGAAACAUCUCUUCAACUCCUUACAUUGAAGCUGCUAUAUCUUAUCUUUACUACGCCCAGCACAUAUGAGUACUUCUUUACUAAUGAUCUUCAUGUGCUGGUGGAUAUUUUGAUCCGGAACUUGCUUGAUCUUCCAGAGGAAGCGUCGGCAUUGCGGCAUACCUAUCUGCGCGUUUUAUACCCACUCUUAGCACACACUCAGCUGAGACUGCCGCCAUUUUACAAACGGGAUGAGCUAAGGAAGCUACUUAAUAUUCUGGUACGAGGCCAAGUCUCGUAUGGAAAUGAGACUGAGCGAGAGACAAUCCUGCAUUUUGAGGAAGUCGAUGAAACCACAAGACGGCUUGUCUCUCGCUGUGCGACGGUGGAUUGGUUGCGUGAUGUAGAAUCUGAAUCUGCAACCGCACGGGAAAUGCCCGCUCAGACGGUGACAACCACCAUUGAUACAGUACUGGAAGAGACCUCUCAACAAGAUUCACCGAUUGACAUUGGGGAGCCACUCGACAUGACUCGCACCUUGUCCCGUGCGAGUACCAUCCCAGACUCGCCCGGUGCGGCUUCUCCAACAAGAAUAGACUCGCGCGGCUCAUCCGAGGCGCCAGAGUCUCGUCGCAAACUCAGUGCAGUUGCUAGACUCGGCAUGAAUCUUGAACCAGCUACUUCUUCUUCACUCAGCGUGCAAGCGGUUGCAGCCCAGCAUGAGAAGCCUGGUAUCAUCACGCCUAGUCGAAAAGACGGGCCAGUGAUUCGGCCACCAAAGAUCAAGCCUGAACCACCUAAAGCCCGCCGCUGGCGUGGCCGUCGUCUCGCAGGAGACGAAGACGAGCAGCAGCAACAGCAGCAGCAUUCUGCCGGCACAAGCAGUGAGCGCAAUAGUACCAUCAUCCCUGAAGAUGCGGAGGUGGAGGUGGAGAUGGAAGUUAGUCCCACGUCAACUCACACUGCCCCAUCGCCAACACCCACUCCCUCUGGAUCUGCGUGCGCAUCUCCUUCAACGUCCCACAAUGUACCAGCUGAUCGCCGUAAUUCCACCUCAUCCCACCUCAUUCCCCCAAUACCUACUCAUGCCCGUCGCUCUGCAUCAAACCCACCACCUGCUCUACCUCCACCACGUCGCUCCACAACCUCCACCCCAUCAUCAAGUCAACACCGCCCUCUCCCACCUCCGGUACCAGUCCCGACGCCGUCACCAACUGCGGUAGCCAUAAACAAACAUGGCGCAAAGCCAUUGCCACCGAAAACGCGGCGCUGGGGCCGUGGCAAGACACACGCAGCCACUGAUUCCGUGGAGAGCGGUAUCAGCACAGGGAGUACGCAGAAAGAUGACGAGGCCGAGAUGGCGAUCGUUACGGAAACCGUCAUUCCACCCCUGAAGGCCGAUCCGGAAUUUCAACAUGGAGAUAAUGGUUUUCUUGAGGGUGAUGUCAAUGGUAACCAUCGUGAUCCAUUCUCUCCCACAUCGCCUACAUCGCCCACUCUCCUUGUGUCCCCUUCCUCUCCUCCGGCUGAGCUUGAAAGUCGUCUAGCUGACAAGGAGGAAAGUAAUGGAUCUUCUGUGCCUAUCAGUGUGGAAGAAGCGGUGCAUAAUGUUUCUCUCCACUAG